AUGUUUCGAGCUCGCCGAUACCGAGUUCUGGUCAUAUUCGCGGCGGCUGUCGUCUUCACAUUCUUCCACUUUGCGCGGUCACGCGAUUGGAGCUAUACAGUGAUCGAAGAGUCUACUGGCGUUCAUACACCCGAUCCUGCUCAUCCGAAUCAACCCGAGACACCAAAACCUGAAAAUCCGGCCGUUGCUGCCGCCAUCGAGGAGAGUCGAAACCGUGUGCUUCCCGAUCCUUACCGCGGCUCCACGUCCCCACCGCAGCCAGAGAAGAUAAUCUCGCCCGUGGGUCCCAACAGCGGUUCAAAGGACGGCGGCCGGUUUAAGGAUGCUUCCUCUGACACUCCCGUGAAAACGCCCGUCAAGGAUGAUUCGAAGGACUCCGCGAAGGGCUCCACGAACGAACCCGUGAAGGAACCGGCGAAAGUGGAGAGCAACGACAGGUUGUCACCUACAAAGGCGAAUGCCGAUAGUUCGAAUGGGGAGGAGAUUGAUAAUGGAGGGACGGGCAGAAGGGCAGCGGAGCGCCCUGAGCCUGGUAUUCCAACGCCCAAGUGGAGGAAGUUCCCAGAACGGUUCCCCGUCCCUGGAGAGGAGGUGAUCAAGCUGCCAAAGGGACAGUCAAAAACGAUUCCCAAGCUGCAAGCGAAGUUCAAGGAUGAGUCGAGCUCUGACAAGCAAGAACGUCUGCAACGGCUUAGCGUUAUAAAGGCCGAAUUCACGCAUGCCUGGAAAGGUUAUAAGGAGAUCGCAAUGGGACAUGACGAAGUCAAGCCUCUGUCGAAGGAAUUUGAAGACCCAUUUAAUGGUUGGGGAGCGACAUUGGUUGAUUCCAUUGAUACUCUCUGGAUUAUGCAAUUGAAGGAUGAGUUCUCCGAGGCUUUGGAUGUGAUCAAAAACAUUGAUUUCAAGACAUCACUGAGAGCAGAUAUUCCGAUGUUCGAGACAACCAUCCGCUAUCUUGGAGGUCUUUUGGGUGCCUAUGAUAUUUCUGGUCAUCGAUACCCGGUGCUUUUGGAGAAAGCAGAGGAGCUUGCUGAGGUUCUCAUUGGUGCAUUCGACACACCUAACCGCAUGCCGCACCUUUACUAUCGUUGGGCCCCAGAGUAUGCUGCGAAACCGCACCGGGCGUCUUCCCGAGCUGGCCUGGCUGAAAUUGGGUCGCUUUCCUUGGAAUUUACACGUUUGGCUCAAUUGACCAAGCGGGACAAAUACUAUGAUGCGAUCGCACGAAUCACCAACGAAUUGGAGAAAAUCCAAGAUUCGACUAGCGUCCCUGGACUGUGGCCUCUGCGGGUCAAUGCACAGGGAUGUUCCAAGUACUCCAAGAACACACCUCCACGUGAUAACAGCCCUACGCGCGAGCAGCACCCCGCUAGUAUGGCCGAGAGCACUCCUACGAUGACCCGCAAGCCUUACGCAGCACCGACAGACCUUGAGAGUUAUUUGAAGCUGAUCCCACGCGACACAAAUGCUGACAUCGAAGGACAUGCGCAACCUGCCAACCAUACGCGAGUUGCGAGUGAACCGGGAAUUCAGGCUCGGGAGCAAACUACACUAUCAGCAGAUCAAUGCAAUGGCGGUUUGCGACUUCCCAAUUCACCCCGCGAUAACGAGUACACCAUGGGAGGAAUGGCUGACUCGACCUACGAAUACCUGCCUAAGGAAUACCUGCUACUGGGUGGCCUGAACGAGCAGUACCUGAAUAUGUAUACAAAGGCAGCAACUGCAGCUCGUAAGACUCUUCUCUUCCAGCCCAUGGUGAAAGGUGGACGUGAUAUCCGGUUCAUGGCCUCAAGUGAUCCAAUGACACCUGGAAAGGUCGCAGAGCUUACUCCUACCGACCUUCAAUAUGAAGGCACUCACUUGACAUGUUUCGUUGGCGGUAUGUUCGCUAUAGGAGCUAAGGCCUUUGGCAUCGAUGGUGAUCUGGAACUUGCCAGUAAACUGACCGACGGCUGUGUUUGGGCUUACGAGUCGACACAAACCGGAGUGAUGCCAGAGCGCUUCCGCCUCUUGCCCUGUGAGAAGGGCGCGGCCUGUGAGUGGGAUCAAGCCCGCUUUGACGCUGGCGUGGCACGCUACUCGCGCGUAGACCCCGGGGCAGGACAUUCGUUCCGCAAUGGAGAGAGCAGCUACGGACAGCGCGUGAAUAUGAUUGCGCACGAUCCGCCACAAGGAUCCGCGAGCGAGUCGGUUCCCUUCCCUAUGCCGGGCUCAUUAAACCCCCACGAUAUCGAUGUGUUGGCCAAGCGCGAUGGACUCGCAUUAGAAAAGCAUGCGGAAGCAUCGUCUGUUGCUUCAAUUCCGACUCAUUCUCCUAGUGAAACUGAACUGCAGAACCGAGAUGCACCUCGUUCAUCUUCAUCGCCCGCUUCGCCCCACGUCGCUGAAGUCGGCAAAGACCACCUCCCAGCAGGCAUGACCAGUAUUCCUUUGCCGGACUACUACCUUCGGCCCGAGGCAAUUGAGUCAGUCUUUAUCAUGUACCGUCUGACUGGCGACGAAUCCUGGCGUCGCAAGGGGUGGCAGAUGUUCGAGGCCAUCUCGAAGUAUACCCGAACGGAGCUGGCCAACGCGGCCAUCCACGAUGUCACAGCCCAGAAGCCGAUCCAUAAAGAUACGAUGGAGUCUUUCUGGCUAUCCGAGACGUUGAAGUACUUCUACCUUUUGUUCAGCGACCCUACUGUCGUGGACUUGGAUAAAUAUGUUCUGGUUGACCCGCAGUGGGACUCUCGAAUUCCCCCAAUCCCCCGCCCUUCAACUCUCUCCAACUCUUCAAACCGGCACAUAAACCGGCAUGAGCUGUCUGACGGGAAAUGGAGCCUGAGGUCUCGGAGACUGAGUUCUGGACUGGUACAACUUCAAACGAUCGUCUCCAAGCCCUGUGACUCCGAAGACCAGAUCGACGACGCCCUCCGAGCUUAUCUUAGUCUAACAACGCAACACAAAGAUGAAUACCUCCGGUCGGAAACCGAUAUCGCACGCUGUUCCUACAAGCUAUUUACGUCGAGUAUCUUUGCCACACAUGCGGACUACGUGCGACGACAGAUUCUCUACGGUCUGUUGCAGGACGAUGACCCGAAUACACUCCACUUCAUUGCGUCAUUCAUCCUCUUUGACGGACGACAGAAUGAAGUUGUGCUUCAGAUGCUGAAUGAGGAGGGCGCAUUUGCGCGUCUCCUCGAGCUUAUACAGGCAAUGCGGAGGGCGGAUCUCGACGGCGACGCGGGUCUCCAUCGCUUGUUGAUGGACCUUGUGUAUGAGAUGGCAAGGAUACAAAGGGUCAAGAUUGAAGACUUGGUUCUCGUGGAUGACGAUUUCAUUCGCUGUCUGUUUGAUAUCAUCGAAGAUCUCUCAUACGAUGUUACUGAUCCGUAUCAUUACCCCGUGAUUCGGGUGCUGCUGGUUCUGAACGAGCAAUUCAUGAUCUCGGCCCACGAUCCGGUGGACGGCCGGCCCUCUGGUCUAUUGACCAACAAGGUUAUCAAGGUCCUAUCCAUGUACGGUGGGAUGUAUAAGACAUUCGGGGAGAACAUCAUUCUUCUUAUCAACCGUGAAGCCGAAACGUCCCUUCAGUUGCUCACAUUGAAGCUUCUCUACCUCAUCUUUACCACCCCUAGCACAUACGAGUACUUCUUCACCAACGAUCUACACGUUCUGGUCGAUAUAUUGAUCCGGAAUUUGCUUGAUCUACCCGAGGAGGCCUCGGCACUGCGGCAUACUUACCUGCGUGUUCUUUACCCGCUUCUAGCUCACACGCAGCUACGACACCCGCCGCACUACAAGCGCGACGGACUUCAAAGGCUACUCAGCGUUCUUGUUCGGGGCCAAGUCUCGUAUGGGAACGACACAGAACACGAGAAAAUCAUGCAUUUCGAAGAGGUCGAUGAAACGACACGUCGACUUGUCGCUCGCUGCGCGACAGUGGAUUGGCUGCGCAAUGCCGAACAGCCCGACGCAGCAGAAACGCAAGACACUCCCACUCGAGUGACAGCAACUACAAUCGAGACUGUCCUGGAUAAAGGCGAGCAGAACGCCUCACCCGUCGAUAUCGGCGAACCACUCGACGGCUCCCGCACACUCUCGCGAGCAAGCACAAUCGCUAGCUCAUCUGAUACGACAUCACCAACGCGAAUGGACUCGUAUAGUUCGUCUAACGCACCGGGGAGUCGGAAACACAGCUUAGCCCAACGGCUCGGUAUGAACCUGGAGCCCGCAACCGCAUCUUCACUGAGCGUUCAGGCCGUUGCAGCACAGCACGAAAAACCAGGCAUAAUCACCCCCAGCCGCAAGGACGGGGUCCCUGUCGCCGCCCUCAAUGGCGAGACGCCAAUAAUCCGACCACCAAAGGUCAAACCAGAACCACCGAAAUCUCGCCGCUGGCGCGGGCGCCGUCUUGCCGUGGAUGAAGAAGAGAAUCACUCUGCUGGCACAAGCAGCGACGGAAACACUAUUCCCGAAGGUGUCGAAGUCAGUCCCACCACCGUUUUCACCCCCAGCACACCACCGCCCCAGACACAUUCCAGUGAUCGCCGCGGCUCCGGGUCAGGUUCCACUCUUGCACCCCCAGGUUCACGGCCGCGACGGGCCGUAUCAAAUCCACCCCCGGCCCUCCCGCCACCACGCCGUUCCAACCAUAACACACCUUCCUCGAGUCAUCACCGGCCCAUAGCCGGAACAGGCCGACAUGGGCAGGCUCCACUUCCGCCAAAGACGCGCCGUUGGGGACGUGCCAAGCCCCAGCAUGGACAGAGUGAUUCGGUCGAGAGCGGCGCCAGCAGUUUUAGUCCAUCGAAGGAACCUGAGACUGCUGAAAACACCACCGUGUCUGCUCAACAGGGACAGUCGCCAGAGGGCAGUGUUGUUUCGGAUCCGUUCUCGCCAAAGUCCCCUACAAUAUUGGUGUCGCCGUCUGAGGCUACUCCACACAAGGCACAUGCCCCGGCCAAUGGUGCUGGCAAUGACCAUGGGCCUCUCAGUGUAGAGGAGGCAGUGCAGAAUGUCUCUGCACUGAGCGUUGCUUCUCGGUCUGUUUAA